AUGAGGAGAAAGAACGAUGCAGGCGACUUGGGCUUCUGGCUCUUUCAAACGAUGUGGUCGCUCAAGCUCAGGCUAUCGACUCAGUGCUUGCCCGUGCUCACGAAGUCGAAGGAAACCCGAAUGCUUCUGUUGAUGAGCUCCGCCGGGCCGCCGACCAACUCGAACAAGGCCGCCCUCUACUGGAUACCCUCAACAACGACUACGAGAAGAUCAAGGCACUCGGAGGCGGAAACGCCUGAGGGCGAGGAGCUGGCCGUUGCCACCCUCGAGCGUUUCGGAAAGGCCACCGAAGCCAUCAACACGGCCAACAUCAGCGCUCCCAAGACCGUGCCGAUGCCCUCGAGUCUGGCCGAACUCGUUGACGAAGCUAACCGCCUCGGCCGCGACCCAGAAGCCCUUCCAAGCAGCUACGAACCGACGGCCGGCGAAAUGUGCGUGAACAACUUUCUACUGCCUUCCUGUCCGAGCUGCUCGACCCACUCGAGAGUGCGUACGCCGAUGCGCGAUUCUUGGAUGCUGACAUCGAUCAAGAAGGUCGCCCAAUAUCGACAACUUCAUGGCCGAUCUAGCCGAGAUCGAGGAGAACUGGAGAAGUUGAAUGCCGUCGAAGCGGCCCUGGAUAAGGCUCGCAAGCAGAAUGCCAACGAGGCUGACAACGAGCGAUUGCUGCUGGUUCUCAACCUGCAGCUGGAGCAAGUCGAACAGCUCCCACUCGACAAUGUGUCUGUUGAACAACUGGACGCUAUCGAGAAGCAGCUCGAGUCUCUGAAGCCUGCUGGAGCCGACCAAGUGCCGCCACAAGUCCAGGCACAGCUCGACAAGAUUGCAGAGCUGAAGGCCCGAAAGGACAAGCACGACGCCGAUGUGGCUCAACUUGGAGCCGCUCUUGACGACAUUCGCAAGAAUCUCAACGAAGCCGACAAGCUCGCCCAUCCCACGAAGAAGGGCAAGAAGGGCAAGGAACAAGCCGUCGCACCAACCACCGAUGCGCUCAAGGAAGUGGUGGCCAAGCUGGAGAACGAGGUGCUACCAGCCCUCGCACAAGUCAACAAUCAAGCUGCCUCCACCCCUGGAGUCGAGCCCCAGCUUCAGGCUGCCAACGAGCUUCAAGCCAAGGCUCAAGAGCUGCUGGCUGAUGCCCAGAAACGGCUGGACGACCAGAUGGCCGCCGAUGAGAAGGCAGCUCGAGUCGAAGCCAAGCUCCUCGAGAUCAUGGUGACCCCAGAUGGAAUCGGCGCUUCGAAAAGUACCGCCGAGCCACCGCACUUCCAUCAAGGCAAAUUGCACAAUAUAAUAUGCAGUAAAACGCUCAUUUCAGGGGACUCGAACGAGGAUUUCAAGCAGAACCUGAAGCGUUUGGAGCAUGCCAAAUGCUUCAAUCCGAAGCGGGGCAGCAUUUCCGAUUUGGCAAUAGCAAAUGUGUUGCUUCGAGGCCCGGCUGGUGCCUGGAACAGCCCGGCGUCCAACGAAAAACUU